AAGUCCGCGCGCGCCCCGGGGCUCCUCGCAUGAAAUGUGCGCGCUGGCGGCCGGGCACCUCUGUGCGAAUCUGAGGGACUACCGAGAGGAUGGGAUGGAUCUAGGCAGUGACGCCGGCAGCAGCAGCAGUAGCCGCUCCAGUUCGCAGUCCAACUCCACCAAAGUGACCCCUUGCUCGGAGUGCAAAUCCUCGUCGUCGCCGGGGGGCAGCCUGGACCUGGUAUCUGCCCUAGAGGACUAUGAAGCGUCCUUCCCGGUCUACCAGAAGGUGAUUGAUGAGUGGGCGCCGGAGGAGGACCGUGAGGAGGAGGAAGAGGAAGACGAGCGAGGGUACCAGGAUGACCGCUGUCCGGCCCGGGAGUCCGGGGACCUGAGCGCCAGGACCCGUAGCGGCAGCGGCGGGGCCCGGAGCGUCACCACUGUCACGCCGCUCCCAAUGCCCAACGGCAACCUCCGCCCCUACGAACCCCAGGACCUCAGGCACAAUGGCAAUGUGGUUGUGGCCGGCCGGCAGAGCGGCCCCCGGGGCCCCGGGCGGGCGAUCCAGAAGCCCCAGCCGGCGGAGGGCCGGCGCGGCGGCAGGGGCCCGGUGGCAGGGGCGCCCUGUCUUCAGCCCCCGGACGGCGGGACUUUCGUCCCCGAAGAGCCCCCGGUGCCCCCAAUGGACUGGGAGGCGCUAGAGAAGCAUCUGGCCGGGCUGCAGUUCCGGGAGCAGGAGGUGCGAAACCAGGGCCAGGCGAGGACCAACUCCACCUCCGCACAGAAAAAUGAGAGAGAGUCUAUCAGACAGAAGCUGGCGCUCGGAAGCUGCUUCGAUGACGGCCCAGGAAUUUACACCAGCUGCAGCAGGAGCGGCAAGCCCAGCCUCUCCUCCCGACUCCAGAGUGGGAUGAACCUGCAGAUUUGCUUUGUCAACGACAGCGGCAGCGACAAGGACAGUGAUGCUGACGACAGCAAGACCGAGACCAGCCUGGACACACCCUCGUCCCCCGUGAGCAAACAGAGCUCUUCCUAUUCCGAUAGAGACACUACUGAGGAGGAGUCCGAGUCCUUGGACGACAUGGACUUCCUCACAAGGCAAAAGAAACUACAGGCUGAAGCCAAGAUGGCCCUUGCCAUGGCCAAGCCCAUGGCCAAGAUGCAAGUGGAGGUGGAGAAGCAAAACAGGAAGAAGUCUCCCGUGGCGGAUCUGCUGCCUCAUCUGCCCCAUAUCAGCGAGUGCUUGAUGAAGAGGAGCCUGAAGCCAGCCGACCUGCGCGGCAUGACGCUGGGCCAGCUGCAGGUGAUCGUCAAUGACCUCCACUCCCAGAUUGAAAGCUUGAACGAAGAGCUGGUGCAGCUGCUCCUCAUCCGAGACGAGCUGCACACAGAGCAAGAUGCCAUGUUGGUGGACAUCGAGGACCUGACCAGACAUGCUGAGAGUCAGCAGAAGCACAUGGCAGAGAAGAUGCCUGCCAAGUGAGAGCCACCCGCCACAGCCCGGCGGAGCUGACUUUGCCUCUGUGGUUUGCAGUGCUGUUGCUGAAGGUGGCACAGAGAUAGACCAACAGCCUUGUCAUUCAUGGAUGGUGUCUGAAGCUUCAUGUCCAGUGAUCGGCCUUUGCUUCUUAAUUUAUUUUAAUUUUUUACUUGUGCCACUUAAUAUCAGGCAUUUUAAUAAAAUGUUGUUACAAAAAAAAAUGUACAGUACUUACACCAUCACAAACCAUGGUUGAUCCGAGGGUGGUUUUAACUUUAUUUUUACUUGUUUAGAGGUUUUCGGUUGGAGCGGUAUUUUGCAUUGACUACUUCAUCCUUCGCUGUAGUUUUAAGAACUGUAAAUGACGGUGCUAUACAAGUCAAAAUACAUGCCUGCCUCCUAGUGAAGUCGUAGCUCUCCUUAACGUGUAUCUUAAUCAGUUCUCAACAUUUUGUGAAUGUUGACUACCUGAAGUUCAUUUUCAGAUGUGCUAUUAACAUUCUGUUGGCUUCAGAAGGUUUCUUGGAAGUUUUAUGUAUAAAUAUGUAAAAUAAAAUUAAAACUUUGUUUCAUAUGAUA